AUGGCUUCAGAACCGAGUGCCCAGUGCCGAGUGAUGUUUCAGACAGCAGACAAAACAGAAGAACCAGCACAUCGCAAACUGGGAAAACUGACAGUGAAAUACAACCGCAAGGACCUCCAGAGAAGACUGGACAUCGAAGAGUGGAUUGAUGACCAGCUACACUUGCUGUUUGAUUGUGAGGAGGAGGAAAUUCCAGAGUUGGAGAUUGACAUAGAUGAACUACUGGAGCUUUCAGACGAGGGGCAGAGGAGUAGGCUGGAGGAGUUGUUGCAAGAAUGCGGGAAGCCAAAAGAGGAUUUUAUCGGCGAGUUGCUCUACAGAAUAAAAGGUCUACGCAAAAUGUCUGGGCCGUUGAAGAAAUAA